AAAGAAAAUGAUUCAUUUACAACCUUUAACUCUUUAGUGAUACCCAAAAGAAAAAAGAGCUUAUUAGCUUUACUAGUUUACGUGCGAUCUAAGCCAAGUACCAUACAAAAUAUGAAGUUCUUCAAUUUCUCGGAGCUGGGUUCUUGCUGCCGGGCGGCGCCACCGCCGGAGGAGACUACUAGCGUCCGUGUGACCACCAACAGCGGUCGUCACGUGCCUUCUUCCAAGCGCAGAAGGUGUAAUUCGGCGGCGCAUUGGCGGCCGGCGCUUCAUGCCAUUUCAGAAGAUCAAUCUAUUAUUAAUCAGCAGAAGAUUCAGAAUCAGAACAAAUCUUCGAGCAAAGCAGGACCUGGGUCUGGGCCUGGGCCGAGGCCCAUUCCUAAGGUUCGUCGGGGUGACACUUCUCCUAAUGACUCCAGGAGGAACUCUGUACCAGUGAUCAUUCCUGCCUUCUCUCCUACACCAUUUGUCUUCUGAGUUUAAUUUGAGGUUUUUUUGGGUGAUGUAAUUCAAUUAUGUUGUAAUAUAUUGUCGAGGAAUGAAUAUAAAUAAAUUUAGUGAUGCAAAUCCAAAGAAAUGACAAGAAUUAUUAUUAUUA